AUGCCACUCGGCAUGGCGCUCGAGGAGAGCGGCGACGGCGGCGACGGCGGCGACGAAGACGCACCACAAGCCAGGCAGAUCGUGGUGGGAGACCUCGUGCGCGCAACCACCUACGUCACGAUGGGGAUGUCGUACCCGGCGUGGCAGCUCAUGCUGGGCGGCGUGGGCAAGCCCACGCUCUUAAAGAGCGUGCUGGCGGCGGAGAAGGCGUCCUUCGAGACGGUGCUCGCCGCGAUUGGCUCAAACGGCCAGGAGGCGCAGGGCAAUGGGCAGGUGGUGCUGUUCGUUGAGCGAGGGGGGUGA